CGGGCUCUGGUCGCCGCGCAGGCGCAGUCCUCGCCGCUCUUUAAGUCCUGUAAACAGGGGAGCCCUCCGGUGACAACUUCUGCUUCCGGGUCACUCCUUGACAGCCGCUCUCACGACCCAGCUCAACCCCCCGGUUCGGCAGUUUGGAGCAUGUGAACAAACCCUGAGCCUUGAUGAGUUCCAGUAUGUGGUAUAUUAUGCAGAGCAUUCAGAGCAAAUACUCUCUCUCAGAGCGCUUAAUCCGAACAAUCGCUGCCAUUCGUUCCUUCCCACAUGAUAAUGUAGAGGACCUCAUCAGAGGGGGAGCUGAUGUGAACUGCACUCACGGCACGCUGAAGCCUUUGCACUGUGCCUGCAUGGUGUCCGAUGCAGACUGUGUGGAGUUACUCCUGGAAAAGGGAGCUGAGGUGAAUGCCCUGGAUGGUUACAACCGAACAGCCCUCCACUAUGCAGCUGAGAAGGAUGAGGCUUGUGUGGAGGUCCUGUUGGAGUAUGGUGCAAACCCCAAUGCACUGGAUGGCAACCGAGACACCCCCCUUCACUGGGCAGCCUUUAAGAACAAUGCUGACUGUGUGCGGGCCCUCCUAGAGAGUGGGGCCUCUGUCAAUGCCCUGGAUUACAACAACGAUACCCCACUCAGCUGGGCUGCCAUGAAGGGAAAUCUCGAGAGCGUCAGCAUCCUUCUUGAUUAUGGUGCAGAGGUCAGAGUCAUCAACCUAAAAGGCCAGACACCCAUCUCCCGCCUGGUGGCUCUGCUAGUCAGGGGACUUGGAACUGAGAAAGAGGACUCUUGCUUUGAGCUCCUCCACAGGGCUGUUGGACACUUUGAAUUAAGGAAAAAUGGCACCAUGCCACGAGAAGUGGCCAGAGACCAGCAGCUAUGUGAAAAACUGACUGUUCUGUGCUCAGCCCCAGGAACUCUAAAAACACUCUCUCGCUAUGCUGUGCGCCGUAGCCUGGGACUCCAGUAUCUGCCAGACGCAGUGAAGGGCCUUCCCCUGCCAGCUUCUCUGAAGGAAUACCUGUUACUCGUAGAAUAGCCUGGAGGAGACAUUUGCGCCAUCACGCAGGCAACUCUGGGUGAGGUUUUCCCUGCGCUGCUGUCUCUGUGUCUUGGAAAUCAGGAAAAGCAGCUGUUCCUGUUGUGUUGUUUAUAUUUUGAGGCAACAUGUCACAACAGUAACCUCCUCUCCCCAAACCAAGCAACCAAACAACAAGAAAAAGAUCUCUCACUUUUGUCUUCUGUUUACUUAUUACAUUGCACCCAGGGAAGAGGUCUCCCAUCUCUCCUCCUUCUUAGGGAAAAAGCCAACAGUACAAUCUAUAAUUUUCUCUAGGAAGAUGAAAAGUACAAAAUACUCAAAGAAUGUGUGUUUGGUUUUCCUUUGGGGACAUAAUUAACAGUUUGGAACAAUCCUCUAGAAGCAUUUUCAUUGAUCUGUGAAGAAGUUUAAGAAAAUUCCAUCUAACGUUUGCCCAAAGAUGAAGGUAUUAUAUAGCCUCAAGUAGUGUGCAGAUGGAGAAUUGGGCUGGAUGGUAUCCCUCGAGUGUUACCUCAUGGGGCAUUCAAAGGGACUGGCCCCCUUUCUCACCAUCAAAAGAAACAGCAGUCUUUGCCUCCUUUCCAUGGUUGUGACUAAGGAUUACAAUAAUUCAGCAAUAUUAUUUCAGAAAGAUUGUCUCACUGCUUUCCACAUAGUAGGAUGGCAGGUUCUAAGCAGUCCUAAGAACUUUCUUCUGCUGCAGCUCUUUCUCUUCCUGAAAGCCAGCCUGCUCUAAUGGUUUAGCAGGCAUUUCCUGCACCAGAGGCGAAGGGGUUUGCUCAGUAGGAGAGGAGUUGGGCUGCCUUUCCCGAGGGUCUUCCUCAUUCCCUACAUGAAGCUCACUUUGCUAAGGGCUUGGAAUUAUUUUUCUUUGAUUUGUUUUGGAAAAUUGGCUCUUUCCUGAUCUAAACAAGACAUUGGUGGAGGGGAUGGAGUUGGGACUGGGGGAAGAGCAUUUUAAGAGUCUCUUUAGAGAUGGCCCAUCUACCCAAAAAGAUGUGUUUUAGUGAAUAAUACUUAGUCAACAAUACUCCUUUCCAUGUCCCUAAACUAGAUCAACUUAUUAUUUUUAAUUGAUUUCAGAGAGGAAGGGAGAGGAAGAGAGAGAAACAUCAAUGAUGAGAAUAAUAGAUUGGUUGCCUCUUACACACCCCCUACUGGGGACAGAGCCGACAACUGGGGCAUGUACCCUUUACUGGAAUAAAAACCUGGUAUAUUCAGCCCAAAGGCCGACACUCUAUCCCCUGAGCCAAACCAGCUAGGGCUAGAUCAAGUUAUUAUUGGUCUUAGAUGACCUGUAUGCAAAUUUGAAAAAUCUUUCUUAAAAAAAACAAUUGGGAACUACAAAUAGAAAUGAACAAUCUGCUGACUUAACUAAUUUGAAAAAGUAUAUCUGCUUUUGCUCUUUUGCUAUUGGUGUUUUUGCUUCCUCAAAAAAUAAAACAGUUCUGAAAGUAA